AUGACUCUGCUUGAGAGAGGUGCAGACAUCGGCUCUAAGGACCGUAAAGGCCGGGCAUCGCUUUCAUGGGCUGCGGAGAAUGGACAUGACAAUAUUGUCAAGCUGCUGCUCGAAGGGGGUGCGAAAUUCCCAAAAGCAUUCUCAAUCAUGCUUGUGGCCGUAGCAUGGAGCAUAGCCCAACUUAUCGCCUUCAUCAUGGGCCAUACUUCUACCCUAGGCCUACCGCUACCGCCACAACGAAUGGAAACACUGGCCACAGCAUCUAAGGCUAUACAAGAUUAUGUUUCGUCAUUGGCAGGCUGGAAAGAGGCAGGCAAGCUGAUAGACACAGGGGAUGAGACUGGAAGAACUCCCCUUCACUGGGCAAUCACAAAGCGGCAUACCCAUUCUGUGAACGUGCUAUUGAAACAAGGGGCGUCCAUCGACUUACGUGAUAACGAGUCAAAGUGUGCUCUUCAUUUUGCUGCAGAGAUUGGCGACGAACAACUUGUCCGGAAGCUUCUUCAGUCUUCUAGGAGGGUGGAAGCAAAAGACCGGCACGGACGAUCUCCACUGCUAUGUGCAGUGGAGAAUUUACAGACUGGAGUGAUUCAUGCUCUUGUUCGUUCAGGAGCCUGUGUGAAUGUUGUCAACAAUAUGCAUCAGAAUGCGUUACACCUCAUCUGCCGGAGACCUAGGCAUAAGGACCACCUCAGUCUGCUGGAUUAUUUCAUCUCUCAGGGGUCGUUCACAAAUUUCUGUGAUGUGGAUAAUAUGACGCCCCUUUUGUAUGCAUUGGGAAAUCAAUCUGAGGAUCUCGCAUUGCUCUUUUUCAAGAGAGGAGUUGAUGUGAACUUUCGGCUUCACAGGCGGUUGUGGAAUGCAAGGAUGGAAAUUUUUUUCGUGACUUAUGAGAUGAAUCAGAAUUUUGAACAGCCAGUCCAAAUGAAUUCUUCUAUCGGGCUGACUGCACUUCAUUUCUCAGCUUUGAACGGGAUAGUGCGGAUGACAGCUCUUUUACUUGAUCACGACGCUGACCCCAAUGCGUUAGACGAAAGUGGCGACACGCCUCUACAUUUAGCGAUUCGAUGCCAAGUAGGAGGGCACAAGUACGACGACCCGUGGGUGACUGGAGAAUAUGCCGUGGAAGACAUCAACAUUGAUUAUGGAAGCGAGGAAGCAUCCGAUAUAUUGAAAGAAAUCGACCAGGCGAGAGAAGAUACAGUUCAGCUGCUUUUGAACAGCAGUCGCAUUGAUGUGAAUAUUGCAAACAAUGACGGGGAAUGCCCAUUGCAUGUGAUUCCUUUUAAAGAAGAACGAGCGUGCACCGUCCUAUCGAUGCUUCUCGACUGUGGAGCACAAGUGCCCAGCAAUGUAAACGCUGUUCGCAUUUUUUUGCAUAGAGGAUGCGACAUCACUUUACUUGACGUGGAUGGGUUGAGUUCAAUUCACUAUGCUGUUCACAGCAACUGCUCAGACAUCAUACGACUUAUGUUAGAAAGCCGCCAGGAGCAAAUGUCAAGAUUCUGCAUCCGUUAUAAUGAUCUAGAAAAGAGAAUUCUCCAUUACUAUGUUGAAUCACUGGCGUGCUCCACCGAAAUGAUCAGUAUACUCUUGAGACUUGAAUGCGAUAUAAACAAACUUGAUGCAGAGGGAAAUUCUGUCCUCAGUCAAUAUAUAAGUUCCUUUCAUUUUGAACUUCGAUACGACGUCUUUCAACUUCUUCAUCGACAUUCAGGUACAGAAGGGAUUCGCUGGACGGACCGGAAGAAACGAAAUCUUCUAUACUUGUUGAUGCGACAGUAUAGUGAUGAAAACGUCCACAUCCUUGAGGAUCUAUUGAAUUUUGUAGACAUAAGGGCAAGGGACGCUGAUGGCAUGCAUUUUGAACAUCAUGGUGCUAUAUAUGGUGCAUUCACUAAGUCUCUUGCACAGUUCCUCCAAAAAAGGGUAUGUCUCAAUCUUCACAGUAAGGAUUUCAGCGGCAAGACACCCCUUGAUUAUGCCGAAGAAGAAGCCAACCGCGAAUGUCAUGAGGGUAAUCGGUGGCAAGAGUCUUUACAGAAUUUGAGAGAUGUUUGCAAAAGCUGA